GCGUCCCUUUACUUUUUUGCAAUUUCUGAUCCUUGCAUCCUCCUUUCUUUCUUUUUUCUUUUACAUAAUUCUUCCAGAUAUUGUAUUGAUGAUGGAUUUCUGGAUUUUAAUUUUCAAUUUUCUGUAGGGAAAAAUGAGAAUUCUGAGUCUUUUAUUCGAUUUUAUUGGAUUUGGAUUUGGAAUUCCAAUCGGCCUUGUACUGGGAUUUUUCAUAUUUAUAUACUCUAAGCCUGAAGAUGUGAAGGAUCCAAUUAUUAAACCCCUUGAUGAGAUUGAUACAGGCUCUCUGAUUGAUCUUUUGCAUGAGAUUCCUCCAUGGGUGAAACAUCCUGACUAUGAAAGAAUUGACUGGUUUAACAAGGCUUUAUAUGAUAUGUGGCCUUACCUUGAUAAGGCAAUAUGCGGUAUCAUACGAAGCGCCACGAAACCUAUAUUUGCAGAGUACAUUGGAAAGUAUCAGAUAAAAUCGAUCGAAUUCGAGACCCUGACUCUCGGAAGCCUUCCUCCUACAAUUUACGGCAUGAGAGUGCAUGAAACCACUGAAAACGAACUGAUAUUUGAGCCUGCAAUUAGAUGGGCAGGAAAUCCCCACAUAACAGUGGUGUUGAAACUGUUGCCGUUUCGAUUUACAGCACAGUUGGUGGAUAUCCAAAUAUUUGCAGCACCAAGGAUAAUUUUGAGGCCUCUGGUGCCAUCAUUCCCAUGUUUUGCAAACGUAGUAGUGAGUUUGAUAGAUAAGCCACAUGUGGAUUUUGGACUCAAAAUUCAGGGAGGGGAUGUGAUGGCAAUCCCUGGUUUGUACCAAUUCAUCCAGGAAUUUAUAAAAAGACAAGUUGCUAGCCUUUAUUUAUGGCCCCAAACUCUGGACAUACCAAUUCUUGAUAGUUCCCUAUCAGGGACAAUAAAGAAGCCAGUAGGGAUACUACAUGUGAAGGUUGUAAAAGCACUCAAACUCUUGAAGAUGGACAUCAUUGGAACAUCUGACCCUUAUGUUAAAAUCAAACUAAGUGGGGAGAGGCUUCCUUCAAAGAAAACUACCAUUAAGAUGAGGAACCUUAACCCCGAAUGGAAUGAGAGUUUCAGGCUCACAGUUAAAGAUCCCCAGACCCAAAUCCUUCAAUUUGAUCUUUAUGAUUGGGAACAGAUUGGAACACAUGACUUUUUAGGAAUGCAAAUUGUUCCACUGAAGGUGCUUAUCCCACAUGAGACGAAAGAAUUAACUCUUGAUUUGGUGAAGAACACAAACCCUUAUGAUCCUGUAAACAAGAAAGGGAGAGGCCACCUCAUAGUGGAGUUGACAUACAAUCCUUUUAUAGAUGACCAUGGAAACUACAGUGGACCUUUGGAUGGAAAAGUUGCAGGGGAAAAAAGUCAUCAAAGUAAGAGCCGAAAGGGAUCCAAGGAUUUUUCUUGCUUUUCGUCGCUAGAAGCAGCCGGUUUGCUUUCGGUUACAGUCCAGGGAGCUGAAGAUGUUUCUGGCAAGAAUCGCAGUAACCCUAACCCUUAUGCUUUGGUUAGCUUUGGAGAAGAAACUAAAAUAACCAAGAUGCUUAGGAAAACCCAGUGUCCAAGUUGGAAUGAAGAAUUCCAGUUUGUGAUAGAAGAUGCUUCACUGAAGGAGAAGAUCCAUAUUGAAGUAAUGAGUAAGAAAAGAUUUGGUUUUCGUCGACAGGAGUCGUUGGGGUACAUUGACAUCAAUUUUAGUGAUGUGGUAUACAAUGGACGCAUUAGAGGGAAGUACAAUUUGAUCAACUCAAAAAAUGGAGUUAUACAUAUUGAGACGCAGUGGAAUUCUACAUGA